AUGAAGUGGGUUCAAGCACAUGAGCAUCAAUUAGAACAUGCAAAAGAAAAGCAAAAAGGGAAAUUGAAUUCUGUCUCCACAAGUCCAUUGCCAUUUGCUGGUGGUGAAGGAGGAGGUCGAUUCUGUGGAGGGGAUGGUGAUGCUUUUUGGAGACUUUCUUUUGGAGAUGAUAGCGCUGAUGGGGAGAAGAACAAAGGUGCUUUGAGAUCAUUUCAUUAUGAUUUCGACAAUGAGCCUGACGCUCCACCAUCAAGUUGUCACACCUGUAGAUCAAAUGCUAAAAGGGUAAAUUAUAGAAAAGAAGACACUUCUAAGUUCAGCAACAUGGUUUCUGAAGUAAGAAAAAUGAGAGGACUGCCAAGAGAAAUUGAAAUUUUGCCUAAAAUGGAUGCAUGUAUAGGAGAAAAGGUAGCAGAAAUCAGAACACCAAAAAUCAGGGUCGAGAGAGAUAAGAAAUUGAGGAAAACGGAUCGAAGGGUUUUCGAAGAGCAGCAGUUCAAAUUAGAUGGAGAACAACCAUAUGAAGCAGAGAAGAUAUCAAGAAAAGAGACAUCAAAGGAUAUUUUUGAAACGGAAAGAGAAAGAACAAUUGGGAUGAUUGAGAGGGAGGACGGUGAGUUGACAGAUUUCUUAUUCAAAAAAGGUUUCUCUCUGUCUUCCAUCAAUGCAAGAGAUUCUCAUCUAAACAGGACUGAAAAAGAGAUUGUGUUUGGUUCUCGGAAGGAAAGCGAUGGAUUUUCUGCUGAAAAUUUGGGUUUUGAGUUGCAAAAGUUGAAAGACAUGAAGAUUGAAGAGCUCAAGUCAAUGAGGGAGAAACAGAGAAAAUCUCAGCAUAUAAGCAGAGAAUUGCAAAGGAAAAAGAACAGUAAAGUGAGGGCUAUUUCUCCAAGAACAACUUCAAAAGUCGAAAUCUACAGAAUAAAAGCAGUUGAAGACAUGCAGAAAGCCAGGAUGGAAAUGAAGAAAAAAAGCCAGGGAGAAAACAAUGGAGGGAUUCACAGGGCUAGAGAAUUUCGCAGUGGUGAAAAGCUCGUUUGA